AUGGACCGACAUGCACAGGAAUGGGCUGCAACCAAACGACAGGCAUGGCACCAGCAAUUAAGCGACAGGCACUGCAAAGGCCGCAAUGGAGCGGCAGUCGUGGGUGCCCACCUUGCGCUCAGGGCCGCUGUCAGUGAGUGUGAGCCGCCGCUUCCCCUCGGCCUCGGGCGCCGGGCUGUUGCUGUGUUGCCGCCGCCGCCGCCGCGGGCCCGGGCCACCUGCUGCUCCUUGUGCCGGGCCCGGGUCAGCACCACACUAGGGGGCGGCGGGCGCGGCCUGUCCCUGUCCCUGUCCCUGUCCCGGUCCCGCGUGGCCGGGCUGCUGCUACCCGAGGGCCCAGGCUCAGCGGACCCGCAGCAGGGCCCGGGAGCGCAGCAGCCGCUCGAGUUGGCGCCGGGUGCGGCCGGGAGACACCCCGUGCCGCCGCUGCACCAUGGCGCAGAUCCGCUCCUGGUCGGGCCGGGCCUUCCGCGCCCGCAGCCACUCGAUGGCCUCGGAGAUCCAGCGCCGGCAUUCGGCCUCCGACAUACCCGGGCCCCAGGCUCCGGACCGGCCUUCACCGGCUCCACUCCCCGGCCUCGGGCUCGCUUCUCCCCGCACGGCCUAGGCUCAUCCCCCGGGCCCCGGCCUCCCCGCUCCCCUCUCCCCGGCUGUGCGGGUGCGGUGGGCGGGGCGGGGCUGUGGCUGGGGCCGGGCGGGGCGAGGCUCCAGGAGACGGGGAUAGAGUCAGUCACACGGCUGAGAAACAGACCCUUCGGCCCAUCAUGCCCAUACGUACAGCUCUGGUCUCCUAACCUGGGUGUCAUGGUACACCAGUCAUUGAAGGUAGGCAUGCAGGUGCAGCAGGCAGUGAAGAAAGCCAAUGGGAAUACAGCACAGAUGGGAGCCGCAACAUUGAAGGUGAGGUUAAUGUGGGAUGGCAAUGGACUGAAAGCAGAUCCAAUGCUUCGACCCUUAGAACGGAUCGAAAGCUGGGACACAGGAAAAUCGCCAAAAUGUAAAGACAUGGGUGAUUGCUUGGGACAUUGUGUUCUUCAAAAAUGUGCAUGCUUCAAUGAGAAUUGUAUCCCCUUGUUGAGAAAUAAUUUGUAUUUGUAUGGCACCUUCAAUGGUUUCAAGAAGCUGCAUAAUAUUUCGCAGGUAACGCAGGACUUUUUUGUAAGAGUGGUUGCCUUUGCAAGGCUAAAACAAUUCCCCACACAAAAUAUCUCACAACCAGCAGUGGACAGACAAUCAGUUCAGUGAUGUUUUGUUGAAUAAUAAUCAGUGGCCAGCAUACGAGGGCAACUCCACUCCACCACGAAACAGCACAUCGAAAUUAUUACAAAGAAUUUGUAAUUUUCCAAAGUACUUCAACUGGAAAGUUAAAUAAAUAUGGAUUCUAUGUUAUUAGCAGUUUGCAAAUAUUACCACGUCUCCUAGCCAAUCAUAAGUACAGUGUCUAACAGUACGAAAUGCAGAAUCCUUUCCUUUGUCAUUCUUGAGUGAGAAUAU